CGCCUGGGCCGCGACCGCGUACGCCGCGCUGACGGAUCUCGCUGUCGCUGCUACCGUCUACUGCGCGCUGAGCGCGCGUGCUCGCUCAACCAUGCGGCAGCCUGCGCAGCCCUUGCGCCUCAGCGCCCGCGCGCGCAGCCACUCACCGUCGCGGUCGACCUGCUGCAGAACGACGAGUCCUCUACGCGAGCGACUUCGACCGCACCCGCGAGCGCGCGGUGCUCGUACCCAAGCGCCUCGCGCUGCGCGGCUCGCGACCGCCGAGCGCUGUCGCGACCGAACGCAGCGAGCGGCGGCUCGCGAACCUCCAACCACGUCCGUCUGACCCGACCGCCGCGCCGCGCGUUGCGACCUCGCGACUAUCGCAGCACUACCUCGCUAUGCGCGACGCGAUGCCCUUCGCUCUUCCAGAACUCACGAGCUGCCUCGUCGACGCGGUCCUAUUACUUCUUCUCUCUAGCGCGAGCUUACGCCUACUGCGUCGCCUCUCCGAUUCCGAUUCCGCUACGAGCUGCCUAUCGCUCCUCGCUACUCACCUCUCCGUUACUGUACUCCUAUCGCUCAUAGCCUAGCUCAUGUCCGGUUCGCGACCGCGAUAGCGCUGAAUCGUCGCACGGCCUCGACGCGACUCUGCUAUCCGCUAGGCCGCGAUCGCCGAGCGCCUAAACCUACCUCUCUACCCGACCCCUAACCAGCGAUUCUGCUACAAACCCGAGCCGCCUCCUACCUCGACCAGCUCUCUGCAUCUCUCUUGCGACCUCUACACGCUUCUACCCUAUUCCUCUCUUCUAGGUUCUUCGUCACCCCCCCCCAAACCCCACCCGCCGGGCCCACCCCACCCCCCCCCCCCCCCCCCCAAACCCCCACCCCCCCCCCCCAAACCCCCCCCCUCCCCCCCCCCCCCAACCCCCGCCCCCCACCCACCACAGCCCCCCCCCGCUCCCCCCCCACCCCCCACCCGGCCCCCCCCCCCCCCACCAGGGGGGGACCCCCCCGGGGGGCCCCACCCCACCCCACCCCCCCCACCCACCCCCCCCCACCCACCCCCCCCCACCCACCCACCCCCGGGGAAACCCCACCCCCCCCCCCCUCCCCCCCCACCCCCCCACCCCCGGACCCCACCCCCCCCCCCCCACCCCCCUUUUCGGGACCUCUCACUCUCUCUUCCCUACUCUCUAUCUCCUAUCUCCUCCUUUCCCUACUCUAUCUUUCCCUACUCUACCUCUCUUCUCUCUCUUCCUCUAACUCCUACUCACUCUUCCUCUCCUCUACCUCUCUUCUCUCUCUCUCUUCCUCUACCUCUUCUCUCUCUUCUCUUUCCUCUACCUCUCACCUCCUUCUCUCUUCUUUCCCACCUCUACUCUAUCUCUCUCCUCUCUCUUCCUCUACUCUCUUCUCCUAUCUCUCUAUUUCCCUCCUCUACUCUCUACUCCUCUCUCUUUCCUCUACCUCUCAUCUCUAUUUCCUCUACCUCUACCUCCUAUCUCUCUAUUCCUCUCCCUCUAUCUCUCUAUCUCUCUCUUUCCUACUCUAUCCUCAUCUCUAUCUUUCUCUACCUAUCCUCAUCUCCUCUUCCUCUCCCUCUAUCCUCUAUUCCUCACCCUCCUCUCUAUCUCUCUCUUUCCUCUACCUCUUUCCUCUUUCCUCUACCUCUACCUCUCUCUCUCUAUCCUCCUCUUUCCCUACCCCUCAUCUCUCCUCUUUCCUCUACCUCUAUCCUCUUCUCCUCUUUCCUCACCUCACCCUCAUCUCUCUCUCUCUCUUCCUCUCCUCUCUUCUCUCUAUCUCGCUCUUCUACUCUACUCCUAUCUCUCUCUCCUUUCCUCUCCCCCUCUCUAUCCUCCUCUUUCCUCUACCCCUACCCUCUAUCUCUCCUUCCUCUACCUCUCCUAUCUACCUCCCUCUCUCUUUCCUCUACCUCCAUCUCUCUAUCUCUCUCUUUCCUCUCCUCUACCUCUCAUGCUCUCUCUCUUUCCUCUACCUCUCUAUCCUCUCCCUCUUUCCUCUACCACUCUCAGCGCUCUCCUUUACCCUCUCUGGCCCUCUACCGACCUCGACUCUCUAUCUCUCUCUUUCCGCUACCUCUAUGCCCUCGCCUACCUCUCGAUUUCAUCCCUAGCUCUCCUCGACUCUCUACCUUUCCUCUACCUCUAUCUCUCCUCUCGUUCCUACCACCUCUCACUCCUCUCCUCUAUCCCCCUAUCCUAUCCCUCUACCGCACUCUCCUAUCUCGCUUACCCUACCUCUAUCUCUCUAUCUCUCUUCCUGACCUCUCUAUCCUCUAUCCUCUUCCUACCUCUCUAUCUCUCUCUUUCCUCUACCUCUACCUCUCUAUCUCUCUCUCUUCCUCUACCUCUCUAUCUCUCUAUCUCUCUCUUUCCUCUACAUCUACCUCUCUAUCUCUCUCUCUCUCUCUUUCCUCUACCUCUCUAUCUCUCAUUUUUCAGUGAGUCUGAGGAUGAAGAUCCACACUCCACAGAUCCUGAGGGUAAGGACAAGAGCAAAGACAAGAAGAUACUGUGCAAAGUCAAAUGGUCUCGCGAUGAGGUAGGCUAAUUCUAUAAAAGGCAUAUGACUGGGCCAGUUUGGUCAAGUGUGCUAGUUAGUUUAUUGCACUCACUGUUACACCAUUAUUUGUUGGACCUGUCUUACAUUGUUUUAGUAUUCAAAUUGAUUGAGAAUAGCAUGUGUGUGAAAGUGUGCUGUGGUCCAACAGUCUGUUAGUUUAUAAAUGUAUUGUCUGCUGCUAUUGUAUUGCAUGAUAUGUAGGAAGCCCUAUAUUGUCCCCUGCUAACAAAAAGUGUAUCGGGCGUUUACCUUAUGGAAGCACUGAGGAUGAAGGGAGUGUCUCAGGAAGCUCCUCACUGUCUCUCUCUGCCCCCCCCCCCCCCCCCCCCCCCCCCCUUCUCGCUGCAGGACGAGAGGCUGAAGAAGUCAGUGGAGCAGCAUGGAGCAGACUCCUGGAAAUUAGUAGCUAAUAAUUUCCCAGUAAGUUAAAAAUGUUUGCCCCUUAAUCAUUACAUACUGUUAGAACAUGGUGUUAAAGUACAAAGCUUUCUGUAAUAAGCACAGUAACACACUAACAAAAAUCAGGUAUAUAUAUUGAUGAUAUGUAAUAGUGAUGGGGGAGAAUGCAGGAAAACUGAAAUCCAUCUUACCAAAUUUCUACCAACGUCACCUGUGCAACUAGAGGUUAAAAAAAUCGACCUUUACUCCACACACAGAGCUCUCUCUCGCCCUCCAUUUGGCAAAUCUGACCAUAACUCUAUCCUCCUGAUUCCUGCUUACAAGCAAAAACGUGUAAACAGGAAGUACCAGUGACGCGCUCAAUACGGAAGUGGUCCGAUGAAGUGGGUGCUAAGCUGCAGGACUGUUUCGCUAUCACAGAUUGGAAUAUUUUCUGGGAUUCAUCCGAUGCCAUUGAGGAGUUUACCACAUCAGUCACCGGCUUCAUUAAUCAGAGCAUCAACGACAGGCUUGGGCUUGAAAACUAUCAUGGAUUACAAAGGGGGAAACCCAGCCGCGAGCUGCCCAGUGACGCAAGCCUACCUGACGAGCUAAAUGCCUUCUAUGCUCGCUUCAAGGCAAGCAACACUGAACCAUGCAUGAGAGCACCAGCUGUUCCGGACAACUGUGAGAUCAUGCUCUCCGUAGCCGAUGUGAGUAAGACCUUUAAACAGGUUAACAUUCACAAGGCCGCAGGGCAAGACGGAUUACCAGGACGCGUACUCAGAGCAUGCGCCGACCAGCUGGCAAAUGUUUUCACUGACAUUUUCAACCUCUCCCUGAUCCAGUCUGUAAUACCUACAUGUUUCAAGCAGACCACCAUAGUUCCUGUCGAAAUGACUAUCGCCCCUUAGCACUCACAUCUGUAGCCAUGAAAUGCUUUGAAAUGCUGGUCAUGGCUCACAUCAACACCAUCAUCCCAGACACCCUGGACACACUCUAAUUCGCAUACCGCCCCAACAGAUCCACAGAUGACGCAAUAUCUAUUUCACUCCACACUGCCCUUUCCCACUUGGACAAAAGGAACACCUAUAUGAGAAUGCUGUUCAUUGACUACAGCUCAGCGUUCAACACCAUAGUGCCCUCCAAGCUGAUCACUAAGCUAAGGACUCUGGGACUGAACGCCUCCCUCUGCAACUAGAUCCUGGACUUCCUGAUGUGCCGCCGCCAAGUGGUGAGGGUAGACAACAACACAACCGCCACGCUGACCCUCAACACGGGGGCACCUUAGGGGUGCGUGCUUAGUCCCCUCCUGUACUCCCUGUUCACCCAUGACUGCGUGGCCACACACGACUGCAACACCAGCAUAAGUUUGCCGACGACACAACGGUGGUAGGCCUGAUCAGUGACGACGAUGAGACAGCCUAUAGGGAGGAGGUCAGAGACCUGGCAGUGUGGUGCCAGGACAACAACCUCUCCCUCAACGUCAGCAAGACAAAGGAGCUGAUCGUGGACUACAGGAAAUGGAGGGCCGAGCACACCCCCAUUCACAUCGACAGGGCUAAGGAUCUAUCAUGGUCCAAACACACCAACACAGUCGUGAAGAGGGCGCGACAACGCCUCUACCCCCUCAGGAGGCUCAAAAGAUUUGGCAUGGGCCCUCAGAUCCUCAAAAAGUUAUACAGCUGCACCAUUGAGAGCAUCUUGACUGGCUGCAUCACUGCCUGGUAUGGCAAUUGCUUGGCAUCCGACCGUAAGGCGCUACAAAGGGUAGUGUGUACGGCCCAGUACAUCACUGGGGCUGAGCUCCCUGCCAUCCAGGUCCUCUUUACCAGGCGGUGUCAGAGGAAGGCCCUAAAAAUUGUCAAAGACUCCAGCCAUCCAAGUCAGACUGUUCUCUCUGCUACCGCAUGGCAAGCGGUACCGAUGCACCAAGUCUGGAACCAACAGGACCCUGAACAGCUUCUUCCCCCAAGCCAUAAGACUGCUAAAUAGUUAGUUAAAUAGUUAACCAAAUAGCUACCCGGACUAUCUGCAUUGACCCUUUUUGCACAAACUUUUUUGACUCAUUGCAUACACUGCUGCUACUGUUUAACUAUCUGUCACUUUAUUCCAAGUUAUAUGAACAUAUCUACCUCAAUUACCUUGUACCCCUGCACAUCGACUCAGUACUGGUAACCCUUGUGUAUAGCCAAGUUAUCGUUAAUGAUUGUGUAUCUAUUAUUACUUUUAUUAUUACAUGUUUUGCUUUUCUAUUAUUUCACUAUUUUCUUUCUCUCUGCAUUGUUGGGAAGGGCCCGCAAUUAAGCAUUUCACUGUUAGUCCACCCCUGUUGUUUAAGAAGCAUGUGACUAAUAAAAUUGUAUUUUAUUUGAUUAUCUGGAUAAGAAAAGUGAUAUGACAAGUGACACUCACAGGUGUUGUGUGAGGUGGGGUUAUUAGUGGUACUCACAGGUGUUGUGUGAGGUGGGGUUAUUAGUGACACUCACAGGUGUUGUGUGAGGUGGGGUUAUUAGUGACACUCACAGGUGUUGUGUGAGGUGGGGUUAUUAGUGGUACUCACAGGUGUUGUGUGAGGUGGGGUUAUUAGUGGUACUCACAGGUCUUGUGUGAGGUGGGGUUAUUAGUGGUACUCACAGGUCUUGUGUGAGGUGGGGUUAUUAGUGGUACUCACAGUCUUGUGUGAGGUGGGGUUUAGUGGUACUCACAGGUCUUGUGUGAGGUGGGGUUAUUAGUGGUACUCACAGGUCUUGUGUGAGGUGGGGUUAUUAGUGGUACUCACAGGUGUUGUGUGAGGUGGGGUUAUUAGUGGUACUCACAGGUGUUGUGUGAGGUGGGGUUAUUAGUGGUACUCACAGGUGUUGUGUGAGGUGGGGUUAUUAGUGGUACUCACAGGUCUUGUGUGAGGUGGGGUUAUUAGUGGUACUCACAGGUGUUGUGUGAGGUGGGGUUAUUAGUGGUACUCACAGGUGUUGUGUGAGGUGGGUUAUUAGUGGUACUCACAGGUCUUGUGUGAGGUGGGGAUAUUAGUGGUACUCACAGGUCUUGUGUGAGGUGGGGUUAUUAGUGGUACUCACAGGUGUUGUGUGAGGUGGGGUUAUUAGUGGUACUCACAGGUGUUGUGUGAGGUGGGGUUAUUAGUGGUACUCACAGGUCUUGUGUGAGGUGGGGUUAUUAGUGGUACUCACAGGUCUUGUGUGAGGUGGGGUUAUUAGUGGUACUCACAGGUCUUGUGUGAGGUGGGGUUAUUAGUGGUACUCACAGGUGUUGUGUGAGGUGGGGUUAUUAGUGAGUGUGUGUAUGUGAAUAUGAUAACACGGGGGGACAGCUGCAGGUGGGUUUGUGUGUUAAUGAGGUGUCGUGCUCUGCGUUGUGUCUGUCUGUCUGUCACAGGGGAGGACAGAUGGCCAGUGUCAGCACCGCUGGCAGAAGGUGCUCAACCCAGAGCUGGUGAAAGGACCCUGGACAAAAGAGGAAGAUCAGAAGGUAAGUGGAGAUGGGAGUUACCCCAACCUGGGCUGGGGGGAGGGGGGGAAGAUGGGAGGUAUGGUAAAAUAAUUAGAUAAAAGAGGUAGAGAGAGAACAUUUAUUGUGCUGAAUUUUAUUGGAGCGGCUCAUUGAUAACACAAUACAAACAAGCUGCAGGAUGAACAUCACAGACCUUUUUCUUUUGUAAUCUGAAACAUUGAAGGGAACAUACAGUACACGCGCUCCUCUCCCACUCUCUGUCCCUGUUUGUAGCCCAUAGCCCCUGCAUUAGUUUGCAUUGGCUGUGCAUACGACCCCUACCUCAUGCUUUAAAACAACCAAAGCGCUCCAAGUCUCCCUGGUCCUGAGCCCAGACCCUCAUCAGCCAGGCUGUAGGGUCAUAUCUCUCAUAGUUGGAAGGUGAACAAUGCAUUCCUUAAAUAGAACUACAUGACGCCUCGCCUCCUGGAAUGUCAAGAAUUACAUUUUGUUCCUCCAACAUCUAGGCCUCACAUCACAACACAUGUCAGUGAUAGUAUUGUUCUGGCUUGCCCUUAGUGACAUGCUAGAAGUAAGGUAUGGAGGAAGAUAAUCGCACUGGGUAGUGUGGGCCUGCUAAGAGAUAACAUAAAACAUGUUUGGCUCCAUGACAGAAGUGUUGUGGCAACGAGUUCUACUUCUUCAGCUGCAUUCUUGACAUUCUCUAGUGUUGCCAAUGACGAUGUGGCACCUCUGUUUGUGCAGUAAUGGCAUAAAUCCCUCCAGUAAUAGAUGAAAUACUAUACAGUAUGCCAGGGGUCGUGAACAGGCGGCGUGAUUCCCCCCCACUGUAUGUUCCCAAGUAUUCCCACAAAUAAAAAAGAGACGUGAUCGUGUCUCAAUGUAAUCAAGGUAUGAAAUUAUUGUUAUUUUCAAAUACGAUCUCUUUUUGGGCUUAGUUGUGGUCAAUUUGCAGUGUACAAAUUAUUCUAAUUAUGUUCCGGCCCCCCGACCAUCCGCUCCGACAAAAAUCUUCCCGUGGCUGAAUGUAGUUGCUUACCCCUGCAGUAUGCAUAUUUCAGAGGAUUGCAUUGUAAGAAGUCACAAGUCCCUGUCUUCUUUGCUCCUGUGUGUAUAGGUGAUUGACCUGGUUCAUAAAUAUGGCCCCAAGCGCUGGUCGGUGAUUGCUAAGCACCUGCAGGGGCGGAUUGGGAAGCAGUGCCGUGAGCGCUGGCACAACCAUCUGAACCCCGAGGUGAAGAAGUCCUCCUGGACCCAGGAAGAGGACAGCAUCAUCUACCAGGCCCACAAACGCCUGGGCAACCGCUGGGCCGAGAUCUCCAAGCUGCUGCCUGGAAGGUAACAGAAUUAUAUACUGUACAGCUCUUUGCCUGAGGUAGUGGGUGGUUGCAUCUCAAUAGAGCAAAAGUGGCUUCUCUUCUUCUCCUGGUCAGCUUUCCUUCAUAUUUCCUACACCUCCAGUAUAGGAUCUGGUCCCAUUACCAAAGGGGUAAGGCCUAGGGCAAAAACGUACGUUUGGUUAGGUUUUUGGACUGAUCUAAAGUAUUUUAACGACCUCCCUUAUAGGACGGACAACUCCAUCAAGAAUCACUGGAACUCCACCAUGAGGAGGAAGGUGGAGCAUGAGGGGUACCUCCAGGAGGGCUGCAGGGGAUUCGGCUCAGAGCACGGGGGGUUGAAGAGACGCCACCACAGACCCUGUGUCCCCCAACCAGACACCCCCCACGGCAGGCACAGCCCUCUGGGCAUGGCUGGACCAACUCAGGUGAGAGGCCUCUCAGACAGUUCUGUUCAGUUUCAUUCAAACAAGCUUUAUUGGCAUAAUGAAAGGAUCAGUGUUUAAUGUUCCUGUGUGUUGUAGCUUGGGGUUUACCUCUAUAGCCCUCUCUGUGGCCAGCUGAUGGACAGCCUCCCAGACUCCUCCAGCUACUUAUCGGUGAGUGACCUGUUCCUUACAGCUGGCCAAAAGUCCAAUAUGUUGUUUGACUCAAAAAGCUCAAGGUUUGGACUGAAGCAUGGACAAGCUAAAUCAGUAGUAGUGUCGUCCAAUCCUGUCCACUUUCCCAUCCCUUCCUUAUACCUUCCCACUGUACUAACUUCAGUCUGCACUUUGUAUUAAUCACUCUCUGAAUCAAACAACUAAAUGACCUGCCUGAAUUCCUGUUUCUUCUCUGUGUCUUUAACAAAUGUGUGCUUUGGUGUUAAUCGGAGUACGCCUGAGUCUGAUAUGAGUAAUUUGUGAGUAAAUUUGUUCUCUCCUUCCUUCUUUCCCUGCGUUCCUUUUCUUCACUCCCUCCGUCCUCUCCUCCUCUCCGUCCCGUGUGUGUUUAUUCCAGCCGUCCUGCCAUGACGACCCAGACAAAGAGCAGAGAAUUAAGGAGCUUGAACUGCUGCUUAUGUCAGCAGAGACCGAGGUCCGGAGACAGGCCCAGUGCCGAGGCCCAUGUGUAAGACACACUGUCAGUGUGUGAUGAUGUAGCCUAGUCCAUGUGAGCGCAUAGUUAUGCAGUAGUGAUGUCAUAGUAGCCUACCCCUCUCACCCCUCCCCUCACAGUCCCGUUACGCUUCGUAGUUCUAACCCUCUCACCCCCAUUUUCAGUGCUUCCUGCCAUCUCGCCAAGCGGCCGCCGCCAUUAACCUCCUCUCACUCCCGCCAGCCUCCUUCCCUCCAGCCUCCUAUCUGCUUCUCACAGCAGUAGUGCACGGUCACUUCAGCCAGCGGCCAAAUGUGUUUUUCCUUUGUUUUUGUUUUGUUUUAAACCUUUUCCCUUUUUUCACCACAUCACUGUGGCUUCCAUACCAGAAUCCCCACCUUGUUGACUUACCCUUUCUUCAUUCAUCUAUUCACUCUAUCCAUUUAUCUAAUUUUCACCUGCAUUGAAGAACAAACUAUUAUGAUGAUGUCAGUGGUUCAGAUUUUAAAUGAUAAAAUCUCUUGAUGUGUUUCAACCCAUGCCUACCACUGACUUCUCAAUGAGGUUCAAUUACGUUUUAGACUGAGGGGACAAGUUUGGGUGUUGGGGAGACUUUUGGGUAUGAAUUUCGUUACAUUGCCUUGUCAUCUAAACUUGAUUGAACUUCCUUGAAACGUCAUAAAAACUUCAUUCAUUGGGAGUUUUCCAAACCCAGUCAGCCUUACUGACCUGGUUGGUGUCCAACCCCACCAUCACCAGCACCCUAACUCCAGUCUCUUCUCCCCCAGAGUGUGGAGCAUUACUCCAGCUGGGCAGACAGUGUGUCAGAUGACACCAUGACCACCAGUAGCAGCAGUCUGGAGGAUCAGGCUGAGGGGGGCUGGAGGCUGGCAGAGGAGGGCCGAGGGCCCCCAGUGGAGCUGGCUGAGGGGGGCUGGAGGGGGGCAGAGGAGGGCCGAGGGCCCCCAGUGGAGCUGGCUGAUGGGGGCUGGAGGGGGCAGGAGGAGGACCGAGGGCCACCAGUGGAGCUGGCUGAGGGGGGCUGGAGGCUGGCAGAGGAGGGCCAGCACCAGGUCCAGCACUAUGUCUCCCCCAGUAAGUUCCUGGCUGUGGAGGCUAGUUCUGUGCUCUCCACCCUGCAGACCAUCCCUGAGUUUGCAGAGACCAUGGAGCUCAUCGACUCGGUGAGUGUGUGUAGAUCAGACCCGGCGCCAGGAUAGGGUGACUAAGGGGGCAUUUGAAAUCGGUGAUGGGGCACAAUUUUGGAGGUUCUCGCAUUGGAAUUAUAUUGAAUUCUGCUUAUAUCACAAUAAACAUAGUUUCAAAUGCCGAAAUUCAGAGAACAUUGAUUGAGUGCUUUUGAAGUGACAGGUUGGCACGAAAUCUGUAGCCUAUCUCCCCUGCGCUGUAUCAGCACAAUGGACAGAUCCCUACACACUAAAGCAAGGCCGUUUUGGUAAUGAAUAUAGGCUACAAGAUAGAUAGGGUAACUCACCUAUUACAAACAGCCUACACUACCAGUCAAACGUUUGGACACACCUACUCAUUCAAGGGUUUUUCUUUAUUUUUACUAUUUUUUACAUUGUACAAUAAUAGUGAAGACAACAAAACUAUGAAAUAACACAUAUGGAAUCAUGUAGUAACCAAAAAAGUGUUAAACAAAUCAAAAUAUAUUUUAUAUUUGAGAUUCUUCAAAUACCACCCUUUGCCUUGAUGACAGCUUCAAACAUGGAAAACCAUGCUGCUCAUGAGUACAGCAACAUGUUGUGAUAUGGCACAAUACACUUCUGUGGAUCAAAUUCGACCCACGUAAUCAAUUAAGCAAUGCCAGCCUACCAUAAACAUGUUUCCAAUAUGUACAGUUCCUUUUACAACCACGAAAACCAAUAGGCUACCAAGAAAGGCUACAUUCUAUUAUGGUUAUCUAUUUCUAUGAUGAAACACACCGCUAUGUAGCUAUACCUAUGGACGUCAUUUAGGUUCUUGCAUUGGAAUUACUUUGAAUUCUGCAGUAACCGAGUAUUCCAGCCACUCUCUUCCUAUGAACCAGUUGCUAUUAAAUGAACGUUUUUGGACAGAAAACCUGCGGCUAGGGUAGGAUUGUAGGCUAACCUGGGCUGGCUCCUCUGUUCCAAGAUCAUCAGGAACAGUCAGAGGUGGAGGGGGCUGUGGAACCAUUAUCCUGGCGGCGCUUGUGGAAGGGUGGGUAGGCUCUGCACUCGGCAGCAUCAUCGCUGCUGGGCUUGGCGGCGGCCUCGUGGUUUGAUGCUGCUGCUCAUCGCUCUCCUUCUUUAGCUUUGUUUGGGUACUUUGGCGAAGCCAAUUUUUGAUAUCCAUUGUGGCAGACUAGCUGGUUCGAGCUAGCUAAAUAGGCUAAGGCUAAUAACACUAACGGUUUUUACAGCUAGCUAAGAAGCUAACUAAACUCUGUAGUGGUGGAGUUGAGUGAUGCAGAGUCAUUGGUAAACCUGACCCCGCCCUUAUAAAUCUAAAUCAGAUAUUACAGGAGGAGGCGUGUCACGUUAUUCACUUAGCCUACCACAGAUGAGAAGUAUUUUUUACCGCUUUUCAUGGAAACCCAAAGGAGUCAAACCUAACUGCCCCAGCGGCUUUCUAUAGCCCCCUACACCUAACUGCCCCAGCGGCUUUCUAUAGCCCCCUACACCUAACUGCCCCAGCGGCUUUCUAUAGCCCCCUACACCUAACUGCCCCAGCGGCUUUCCAUAGCCCCCUACACCUAACUGCCCCAGCGGCUUUCCAUAGCCCCCUACACCUAACUGCCCCAGCGGCUUUCUAUAGCCCCCUACACCUAACUGCCCCAGCGGCUUUCCAUAGCCCCCUACACCUAACUGCCCCAGCGGCUUUCUAUAGCCCCCUACACCUAACUGCCCCAGCGGCUUUCCAUAGCCCCCUACACCUAACUGCCCCAGCGGCUUUCUAUAGCCCCCUACACCUAACUGCCCCAGCGGCUUUCUAUAGCCCCCUACACCUAACUGCCCCAGCGGCUUUCUAUAGCCCCCUACACCUAACUGCCCCAGCGGCUUUCUAUAGCCCCCUACACCUAACUGCCCCAGCGGCUUUCUAUAGCCCCCUACACCUAACUGCCCCAGCGGCUUUCUAUAGCCCCCUACACCUAACUGCCCCAGCGGCUUUCUAUAGCCCCCUACACCUAACUGCCCCAGCGGCUUUCUAUAGCCCCCUACACCUAACUGCCCCAGCGGCUUUCUAUAGCCCCCUACACCUAACUGCCCCAGCGGCUUUCUAUAGCCCCCUACACCUAACUGCCCCAGCGGCUUUCUAUAGCCCCCUACACCUAACUGCAGGACUCUGUCCAUUGUGCUGACACAGCGCAGCGGAGAUACAGAUUUUGCGCCAACCUGUCACUCAAUCAUUUUUAUAUAGAGACAUAAAACUAAAACUGAGGUGGCACAAAUUUCAACUGAGGGGGCUAAGCCCCCUUUUGCACCCUCGUGGAGCAGGGCCCGGUGUAGAUGGGGUCUGUGUGUACAGUACAUGGCUAUGUGUGUUUAUACACUGCUCAAAAAAAUUAAGGGAACACUUAAACAACACAAUGUAACUCCAAGUCAAUCACACUUCUGUGAAAUCAAACUGUCCAAUUAGGAAGCAACACUGAUUGACAAUACAUUUCACAAGCUGUUUUGCAAAUGGAAUAGACAACAGGUGGAAAUUAUAGGCAAUUAGCAAGACACCCCCAAUAAAGAAGUGGUUCUGCAGGUGGUAACCACAGACCACUUCUCAGUUCCUAUGCUUCCUGGCUGAUGUUUUGGUCACUUUUGAAUGCUGGCGGUGCUUUCACUCUAGUGGUAGCAUGAGACGGAGUCUACAACCCACACAAGUAGCUCAGGUAGUGCAGCUCAUCCAGGAUGGCACAUCAAUGCGAGCUGUGGCAAGAAGGUUUGCUGUGUCUGUCAGCGUAGUGUCCAGAAUAUGGAGGCGCUACCAGGAGACAGGCCAGUACAUCAGGAGACGUGGAGGAGGCCGUAGGAGGGCAACAACCCAGCAGCAGGACCGCUACCUCCGCCUUUGUGCAAGGAGGAGCAGGUGGAGCACUGCCAGAGCCCUGCAAAAUGACCUCCAGCAGGCCACAAAUGUGCAUGUGUCUGCUCAAACGGUCAGAAACAGACUCCAUGAGGGUGGUAUGAGGGCCCGACGUCCACAGGUGGGGGUUGUGCUUACGGCCCAACACCGUGCAGGACGUUUGGCAUUUGCCAGAGAACACCAAGAUUGGCAAAUUCGCCACUGGCGCCCUGUGCUCUUCACAGAUGAAAGCAGGUUCACACUGAGCACAUGUGACAGACGUGACAGAGUCUGGAGACGCCGUGGAGAACGUUCUGCUGCCUGCAUCAUCCUCCAGCAUGACCGGUUUGGAGGUGGGUCAGUCAUGGUGUGGGGUGGCAUUUCUUUGGGGGGCCGCACAGCCCUCCAUGUGCUCGCCAAAGGUAGCCUGACUGCCAUUAGGUACCGAGAUGAGAUCCUCAGACCCCUUGUGAGACCAUAUGCUGGUGCGGUUGGCCCUGGGUUCCUUCUAAUGCAAGACAAUGCUAGACCUCAUGUGGCUGGAGUGUGUCAGCAGUUCCUGCAAGAGGAAGGCAUUGAUGCUAUGGACUGGCCCGCCCGUUCCCCAGACCUGAAUCCAAUUGAGCACAUCUGGGACAUCAUGUCUCGCUCCAUCCACCAACGCCACAUUGCACCACAGACUGUCCAGGAGUUGGCGGAUGCUUUAGUCCAGGUCUGGGAGGAGAUCCCUCAGGAGACCAUCCGCCACCUCAUCAGGAGCAUGCCCAGGCGUUGUAGGGAGGUCAUACAGGCACGUGGAGGCCACACACACUGCUGAGCCUCAUUUUGACUUGUUUUAAGGACAUUACAUCAAAGUUGGAUCAGCCUGUAGUGUGGUUUUCCACUUUUAAUUUUGAGGGUGACUCCAAAUCCAGACCUCCAUGGGUUGAUACAUUUGAUUUCCAUUGAUAAUUUUUGUGUGAUUUUGUUGUCAGCACAUUCAACUAUGUAAAGAAAAAAGUAUUUAAUAAGAUUAUUUCAUUCAUUCAGAUCUAGGAUGUGUUGUUUAAGUGUUCCCUUAAUUUUUUUGAGCAGUGUAUAUACCAGACCCAGAGCAUGAAUGUAUUGAAAAUCCAUUGUAGAUGUGUCUGGCUCUACAGGACCCUAUGGCGUGGAGCGAGGCGGCCAGCUUCGACAUGUCUGAGGCGACGACCCCCCCGAAACAAACAUAUGGGAACUACGUACCCCAGGAGAGGACCACAGAGGGGAUGAGGUAUACCGUUGACCCCCCCAACGACAUCUCAACCAAGCACAGUGCCCCCUUGGGUCAGCGGAAGGUCCACACCCCGAACAACGUGCCCAGACCAGGCCUGCCGUCCCUGGGGAGGAGGAAGAGGAGAGAGAGGGGGGACCAGUCCCCUGAUAGGAGCUGUCCGUCCUUCUUAGACUCACCCAGCAUCAACUCGCCCAAGAACACCCCCACGAAAGCACUGCCUUUCUCCCUCUCCCAGGCAAGCCUGAUGCUAGAGAUGAGGUCAAGCUAAAGCAUGAUGGUGCAUCUGGUUCUUGCAGUAUAGUUCCUCUUUAUAGUUUCUUCUGACUGUUGUGAUCAUGUCUUUCUCCAGUUCUUCAACACAUCAGGAGGAGAGCAUCUGAGCCUGGACAACCCAGCUCUGACCUCCACCCCGGUCUGUGGCCAGAAGUAUCUCCUCAACACACCCUUCCAGAAGGAGACCACACCCAAACACCAGAAAGAGAAUGUGGGGUAAGAGAGUUGGCUACAGGUUCCUCCAUAUUUUCACAUUUGAUUCAUUGGCUAAAUUACGUGUGUGUGUGUUUGAUGUAUUGAUCUCUUCAUUUUGGCAGGUGUUGUAAGAAUUUCUGUCUUUGUCUCACUCAGUUUCAGGACCCCUAAGAUCCAUAAGUCCAUCAUGGUUCCGACUCCCAGAACUCCUACUCCAUUUAAGAAUGCCCUGGCCGCCCAGGAGAAGAUGCAUGGGCCGCUAAAGAUGGUGGUAAGUGUGAAGUUGGUCUAGCUGUGUGUGCUGUAGUCUUAAGUAUUUAUAAUUCACUGUGUGUUCUUAUGUGUGAGUACUUUGUGAUUGUGCUCAUAUUAAUGUGUGUAUGUGUGUGUCUCUAUCUCAGCCCCAGCCCCUGGCCUUUCUGGAGGAAGAUAUCAGGGAGGUGCUGAAGCAGGAGAUAGGAUCAGACAUCUUCAGCAGAGAACCACAACCAGACUUCAGGACAUGGAAACAUGAUGUAGGUGUUCAUAUAACCAUGUACAACUAAACUUUUCAUGACCUCUGUUUAAACUAGUGCACUUGGUAUCCAGUCUAACCAUAACCUUGUCCCUGACCCUUCCAGGUGGAUGGCCCAGCCAGGAAGGUGCGUAAGUCCCUGGUGCUGGACUCCUGGGGGAAGGACUGUCUCAACGUCCAGCUCUACCAGGACCAGCUCAAUAACGCACUGGUGGGUUCUGGGAUAUAUCAAUCAGACUAAUCAGUCAACCAAUCAACCAACCAACUAAUCAAUCAAUUCAUCAGUCAACCAAUCAACUAACCAACUAAUCAAUCAAUUCAUCAGUCAACCAAUGAACCAACCAACAAAUCAAUGUCUACCCGUCCUUGCCCCCCUCCAGGUCCCAGAGGAGACUAUGUUAACCAGCUCCUUAUUGAUGACCCCCCUCCCUGAGAGAGACAGAGAGGAGCAACCCUGCCCCCCCUCGUCUGGGAGGGAGGGGUCCAAUGGCCCCCGCCGCCGCCUUCCCAGCCCCCGCAAGAGGAAGAACCCCCCCUCGGUCAGAAUGUCCCACCACAAUUCACCUGGACAGGUACACACAGACAUCUCUCUUUGGUGUAACUCCUAACUACCCUGUAAAAAACAAAACAACACCAAAUAUUUUUUUUUACUAACUACACAUUAUUGCUCCUCAGGUGAUUUAUAUAAUGAUAGGGAGAGGGGAAAGGUUGUCUCUCCAUAUUGGACAGUAUGUUAGGUUCAGCUGGUCCCUUGUCAAUUAAACCUGGCAACUUUUCAGUGAACAUUUCUUUAUUGAGCAUCAAGGUCUUGGUUGUCACAAGGGGAUAUGCUAAAGGUUUGAGAGGCGGGAGAGAAUAGUCCUCUCUUCUUCUCCUGCAGGUGAAUAACCAGUGGGAAGCAGUGGUUUAUGGGAAGACGGAGGACCAGCGGAUCAUGACAGAGCAGGCCCGGCAGUACCUGAGUAGUACCUACCCGUCCUCCGGCUGCACCUCGAGGGCGCUUGUGCUC